AUGUCCACCAAAAUCAACGGUUUCAUGACGUUGCGGUCGGAGCCAGACGCCCCGGCGCGAUCGGUUACGAGUGAUGAUGUCUCUUCGUGGCCGGAAAUCGAAAGGCAAUUGGUCAAGGCGUGCGCGAUAUUCGCCGGCGAUUCUUCCGUGAACGGGCGAAUGCAAGCGGCUGGCCAACUCGGUCCACACACGACGCACGAUGCGGUGAGCGAAAUGAGCGUCGUGGAAGUGUUUACGACCGCGUACGAAGGGAGUUUGGAAGAUUGCAGCACGAUUUUGGACGUGCACUAUCGAUUGUUGGCUGAAACGCUCAUUCAAGGGAACACGGAGUUAGUCGAGCACGUGUACGAGAAAUUUGCGGCGUUACCACCGAGAUUACGCAAAUCCAGUUUGCGCGCCACGGCGGCGUGCGCCGAAGCCGGAUUGUUGCACACGAGAGAAGAGUACGAGAUGAUGAACGCGGUGUUGAGCGAAGUCGUGGAGAGCGGGGACGCGGACGAAGGCGCUUUGAUGGAGUUCGAAAAGAACAACGCGAUGUUAAAAGCGAUGGACGAUAUGUUAGAGGCGAUGUUGAAAAACGUCUCGGAUUGGUAA